ACAUGUCUACAACCUGGGCAUGGUGGAUACAGUUUCUUGGUAGUUAAUAGACCAAAAACAUGCACAAACAUUGGUGUGUUGGUCCUUUAACUCCGGAGCAGCAGAUUACGAGGUGUCCGUGAAGGCAGCAGUUGACUGACGAUCCCGCAGCCUAAUCCAGAGAGUGAGGAUGCAUAGCAGCACUGUGAUGUGUCGACCGAACAACGGGUAACUACUUCUUUCGGCUGUGAUUGACAAAAACCUGCAAGACUUUGUUCGGUCAGCCCCGAAAACCCGUUUUUUGAGCCUGAAACCGUCGGCUUGGUCGGCACAGAUUUCACCCAGAAGCCGGACUUCACAGACGUGACGUUGGGACAAUGGAGUCUAACGUUAUCCCGGACAGUAUCCGCCCUCAGAGGCUACAGCCGGGGAUUGGAUUCGGUUCAGGACCGACCGGGACCCUCCGCUCCUCCUCUCUUCGACCCGGGGUGACUGUCCCCAUCGCGCCGCUGCUGCCCUCCCCGGCCUCCCUGGCCGCCUCCUCCGGGCCUCCUCCGCCGCCGCCACCGCUGCAGCUCCACAGCCUGUACGGCGGCAUCGGCGCCGGGCUGGGGCAGGGGGCCAGCGGCCACUGCAACCCGGGGAACCCGGCGGUGCUGAAGGAGGCGGUGGAGGCUGUGGUCCGCAGCUUCGCCAAGCACACGCAAGGUUAUGGCAGAGUAAACGUGGUGGAAGCUUUACAGGAGUUUUGGCAGAUGAAGCUGACCAGAGGGGCCGACUUGCGGAACGGGGCUCUCGUUGUUUAUGAAAUGGUCCCAUCCAACAGCCCGCCGUAUGUUUGCUAUGUUAGUCUUCCGGGAGGCAGCUGUUUUGGAAGUUUCCAGUUCUGUCCCACCAAGGCGGAGGCGAGACGCAGCGCUGCCAAGAUUGCUCUGAUGAACUCUGUUUUCAAUGAGCAUCCCUCUCGUCGCAUCACAGACGACUUCAUUGAGAAGAGCGUCAGUGAGGCUCUGGCCUCCUUCAAUGGAAACAGAGAAGAAGCGGACAAUCCGAACACAGGGAUCGGGGCGUUUCGCUUCAUGCUUGAGUCCAACAAAGGAAAAUCAAUGCUGGAGUUUCAGGAGCUGAUGACUGUUUUCCAGCUCCUGCACUGGAACGGAAGCCUCAAAGCAAUGAGAGAACGACAGUGUUCCCGACAGGAAGUGCUGGCUCACUAUUCCCACCGGGCUCUGGAUGAUGACAUGCGCACUCAGAUGGCUGCCGACUGGGUGAACCGAGAACAGAGCGUCGCGGGCGCUAUCGGCCAGGAGCUGGCCUCGACGGAGCGAGAACUGGAGGAGGCCAGACUGGCGGGCAGAGAACUGCGUUUUUACAAGGAGAAGAAAGACAUCCUGAUGUUAGCUGUGGGCCAACUCAACGCAGCCAACACUGCCACUCUGCCCUCACACUAAACACGCCGUCCGUUGCGGAAACAUGCCUUCACACUCCGUAGGAUUCCUGGUAACAGUAUUGAUCACGUCAUAGAUAUAAAGGUGAUUCUUCUGAACUUCUAAAUUUUAUAUCUCGUGUGUUGUUAUGAGGUCCAGGUAAUCAGGCCUUGAUUUUACAGUAUGCACAUCCGUCCAUAAAACAAACACCUGCCGCCAUAGCCGUUACCUCUUUGUGCCUACAGGAUAACAGUGCUUCUUUCAAAUUACCUGUAAACAUGCUUGGCAUACCAGCUGACUGAGGUUUACGUGUCUUUUUUUUUUUUUUUUCAUGAUUUCAUAUCUGUAUUUACUCGAAGUAGACCUACAGAAACAAAACCUGCCUUUCAUCGGUGAAUGUACGGGACAUAUGACCCAUCAAACCAAACACAUUAGAGGUAUGAAUCAUUCUGAAGUCGGACAAGUGUGUUUCGUUAAUGUUUUGUUUGUGUUUAUACUUACAUAUAGUAUUCUGUACUCAAGAUGGUGAAACGUAUGGACCCUGUGUCUAUUAAUAAAAAAAAAAAAUCUCUAAAGAUAAUACAACAGAAACUGCAAAAGGGAUAAAAGAUCCCACCGAAUAUCAGCACAACUCAAUCACUUUUCUAUAAAAACAACAGCGAUGUUAUGCCUGUUGUACAAAGAAUAUUGUAUACGCAUUUGGAAAUUGAAGCAUCUAAUAAUAGAAACAUACUUAUUGGCUUAUGUAAUAAUUUGUGGGUACUUGGCACAGAUGUCAGCAGGUGACUGACCGCUCUGACAACAGCUCAGGUAUCUCAAAAACCCGACAGUGAACCAUCACUAUGUUUUUCUUUUGUGUGUGAAGGCUUAUGAAAACUAUCUCAGCAUGACACCUGCAGAAUGUAUAUUUUUUUUCAGUGUGCUCUCAACUUAAGGACCUACAAAGCGACGCUGUUUAAAACAUUUAGACUGUUGAAAUUACUCCUGUGAUACUGAUUGUGUUUGUCAUGUGCUUCAGCUAGACGAGUUUGAAAGAGUUGGUAGUCUAAAAAAAGUAGACGGGCAUCUCAACAGAAAAAUCCAAGCUGCACAGUUGUGAGUUUUUUUGUUUUUUUUUUGUUAAAGGAAGUUGAUUCAUCGUGUGUGAGUCAUUGUAGUCGAUACACAGCAGCACUUGUGGUUUAUGUGUUUUUGAGAUACUAGAAGCAGACUUUGGUUGUGAGCAGUGCUAGUGUACAUUCAUGGGCUAAAAACAAUAGUAUGUAAGUUGCACUUAACACCUUCCAAAUAUGUUUAUGUUGAAGGACCUGAUUUCAUUCAUACUGUAAAUGUGAUAUCUUUAUAUUUCUGUCUAUCUAAAAUGUAUUUUAAUACAUUAUAACGAUGAAGGCAUUUCAGCAGGUAGCUUUUAAAUGACCCCGUGCAAUGAAGGUGAGAGUUUAAAUCGUAAUGUGUGGCUCUGGGUGGAAGGAGUAGUGGGGCGGCAUUCAUGCAAGUUAAACAGCAGGAUGGCUCGUGCUGCUGCUGAACGCUGGAUUGUCAACAGCAGAAACUGAUUACACAAAAUAUGAGGAGACAGCAAAUAAAAAACAAAGAAUCCGGGAUGAAGUAUGAUUAAAGCCAGACCAGUUUUAUUAUUUUAUUGCUGUAUCUAUUCCUCUGGAUCAUCGUGCCUUUAUGAAAUUGGUAGCAUGCGAUGUUAAGACACGUAAAAUAAACCUCAAAGGUUACAUUUCAUUUAAUGGGGUCUUUAAAGGACAGUUCUGCUCAAUUUUACAUAGUCUUUUGUCAUUUUAUGUAAAGGUAAUGUUAUAGAUCACAUGUUAUAUUACUGUUACAGUACCUUAAUAUGUUACACGACAUUAGAUUAUGAAGGAUUUAAUAAAUCUUACUACCUUUGGUAUACAUUUAUAAUCUUUAUAUAUCGUUGGUUUGGUACUUGGCUUGCAAGAUGUGUGUGCAGCACCUGUAGAAAAAUGUUUGCAAGUAAUUAAAAAAACCCUGCACCUAUCAGUAAAUACUGAAAUGUUACAAUUGCCCCGUGAAUAACAACAUUUAAGUGAUUUAAUGCACACUUUGACCUCACUAAUCUGCAAAUCACGAUUUCCUUUUAACUUGUGUUUACUUCCUUUUACGUUUUGAACAAUGUAGCUCCCAGAAUCUCAACUGCAGACAUGUUUUCUGACUGUAUCGUCCCUUGAACCAAUUUCAUGUCCAACUUGGGAACUUUACUGUACUGCCAGUACAGUUGUGCUAAAGCUGAAAUGUGUUCAUUGAGAAAAACUGAGAAAAAAGUAUUUCAAUGCGCUUGUUAUAGGAAUGAGGCCGGAGAUCUUGAAUUUUGUGUAUUUUGUGUUUUUCUUCUAAUUUAGAUGCUUAUUAUGUGAUUUUUGACCACAAGCCAUUAAUCUCUGAGCUCUCCUCUUAUAAAUGCCUUUGACUUUUCUUUGUGAUCAUUAUCAAUGAAGGCUUUUUUUUUAACAAUAUUUUUUUGCUAUCCAUUUUAUAUAUAUAUAUAUAAAAAAAACUUGGGCUUUUCCUCUUUUGGCUUUGAUGCAUGAUGUGUUGAUUAAGUUCUGUUUUUAUAUGUUUCAUAUUCUAUACAGUAUUGUUUUAUGAAAGUGUUCCUCGAGGCCCAUAUUGUAUGUAUUUUCUAUGAACAUUUUGUAUUCCAUGUUUAUACUUUUAGUAGAUUUAUAUGAUGUGAUAAAUUGGCUGAUGCAAAUGUUUA